AUGUACGGUCAACACAUUGGGACAUUGAAUGUCUACUCCAAGCGGGGGAAUGAUUUAGGUUAUCCCAUCUGGACGAAGUCUGCUGACCAGGGCAAUGCCUGGAAUAUUGCCCGGGUUACAGUUAAUGCAAGGACUCCAUUCCAAGUAGUGUUUGAAGCUAUUAGGGGAACAAACUAUGCUGGAGAUAUAGCCAUCGAUGACUUCAAACUCAGCAAUGGAGCAUGUGCUACACCAGGUUCAUGUGACUUUGAAACUGAUACAUGUACAUGGUCCAAUGGAGCCAGUGAUGACUUUGACUGGAUCAGAAGACAGGGAGUUACCCCUUCACAGGGAACAGGGCCUAGUGUUGACCACACCAAGGGCACAGCAGCGGGCUACUAUGUUUUUAUUGAGGCCAGCAGCCCCCGACGCCCUGGUGAUCGUGCAGUAUUCUCAAGUCAGAGUUUCAAUCCACAUGCCAAUGCUAGAUGCCUCAGGUUCUGGUUCCACAUGCUGGGAAACCAUGUGGGGACACUCAGGGUAUCCCUGUCAGUCAAUGGACUGGAUAGCUCACUGUGGCAGCUGAGUGGGAACCAAAGUAACAGCUGGAAACAGGCAUCUGUCCCCAUUGCCCCACAGAAAAGUGCAUACAAGGUUACCAUAGAAGGCAUCGUUGGCCAAGGUUUCCAAGGAGAUAUUGCUCUAGAUGAUAUCCAAAUCUCAUACAGAACCUGUCGAUUACAACCUGGAAAGGCCACCCCCUCUACUGCCACAACUGUAACAGUGCCAACUAAGACCACACCCACCACUCCUUCAACGGGAUCUGCUACUACCACACCUUCAGCUGCCACUGUUAACUGUAACUUUGACAAUGGGUUCUGUGGCUGGACACAUUCAACUAAGGACAACUUUGAUUGGCUGAGAAACAGAGGAGCCACAUCAAGUAGAAAUACUGGACCUACACAAGACCACACCGGAAAUGGGUACUACAUCUAUAUCGAAGCAUCAGGCAAGACGCAAAACAAGACCUCCAUGAUAGAGACACCACAGGUUCCUGCCUCCACCACAGGACACUGCUUGCGUUUCUGGUACCACAUGUAUGGUGACCAAAUUGGAACACUGAAUGUGUAUAUGAAGAACAGACCCAACCUGGGAAGACCCUUGUUCACUAAGAGUGGUUCCCUUGGCAACAAGUGGAUCCAAGCCAAUGUCACUCUGAUUUCCAGGAAUAGAGCAUUCACUGUGGUGUUUGAAGGCUUGAUUGGAACAGGUUAUCGUGGUGAUAUUGCAUUAGAUGAUGUCACUGUGUCUACUGGAAACUGCCAAUCCACUACCCCAGCCUCCUCCAGAUCCUGUGAUUUUGAAGAUGCCAAGAUUUGUGGCUACACCCAGGACAAGACUGGUGACCAGUUUGACUGGACAAGGGCCAGUGGUGCCACAUCAUCUGGAAACACUGGACCUUCUAAUGACCACACCUAUGGAACACCACAAGGUGAAUACAUGUACAUUGAGGUGUCAGCCCCUAGGAAAGUGAAUGACAUAGCACGCCUGACUUCUCCAAAGUACAAAGACAACCAAGCCAUGUGCCUGCAGUUCUACUACCAUAUGUAUGGACAAGAUAUUGGGACCCUUAAUGUCUUUGCAAAGGUUAACCAGGCCCUAGGUAGUGCAGUGUUCAGUAUGAAAGGAGACCAAGGCAACAAGUGGCAAGUGGGGCAGGCUACCAUACCUGCUGCAGCUGCAAGGAGAGGCUACCAGCUUGUGUUUGAAGGCAUCCGUGGCAGCAACUACAGAGGAGACAUAGCUAUUGAUGACAUUAGUAUGACAAAGGGGGCCUGCGCCAACCCUGGAGCCUGUGACUUCGAGACUGGCCUGUGUACCUGGACCAAUGUUCAGGCAGGUGACCAGUUUGACUGGACACAGGGCAAUGGGGGAACAUCCAGCUCUGGGACUGGACCAACUAUUGACCACACACUUGGAACAGCUGCAGGCAAGUACAUGUACAUUGAGGCCUCCAAUCCCAGAGUCAGGGGUGACACAGCUUUAUUGAUCAGCCAAAGUUUCCCACCUGCAUCAGGACCACGUUGUGUCACUUUCUGGGUUCACAUGUAUGGUGCAAACAUUGGCACGCUCAACGUUAAGCUCCGCCAGGGCUCGAGCAACACUAUUAUCUGGACCAUGAACAGUAAUAACGGAGACAAGUGGAUUAGUGCCCAGGCACCAUUCACCAGCUCCCAGGUCCACUCCAUAGUGUUUGAAGGCAUCCGUGGCACAGGCUUUCAGGGAGAUAUUGCCAUUGAUGAUGUGGGCUUCUCUGAUUCUAAUUGUGGAUUGGUCCCAGCAGCAGCCACGCCACCCCCUCAAACCACCAUUACAACCACAACUCCAAGCAAGGUCAGCACCACUACGCCUGUACCUGGAGCUUUUACCUGCAACUUUGAGAAAGAUUUCUGUGGCUGGACUCAGGAUACCAAAGACCAAUUUGACUGGACAAGACAGAAUGGUCCAACCUCCUCAACCAACACUGGACCGUCCACUGACCACACCAUGGGAACUGGAGCUGGCUUCUAUGUAUACAUUGAGGCAAGUCCUGUAGCUCCAGGCAAUAAGGCCAGGCUGGUCAGUCCAAUUGUCCAGUAUUCUGGCUCCGUCCAGUGCUUGACCUUCUGGUACCACAUGUAUGGUCAGCAUGUGGACACCCUUAAUGUGUAUGUCCAAACCAGGCUUAACCUAGGCUCCCCAGUGUGGAGCAAGAAUACCACUCAGGGCAAUGUGUGGAGGCGGGCACAAGUGGAUGUCAAUGCAAAAGUUGCUUUCAAUAUUGUCUUUGAGGGUGUAAGUGGUAUAGGAUAUGCAGGGGACAUAUCUUUAGAUGACAUUGAUAUCAAACCUGGAUACUGUCAACAAGGCUCCACUGCUACCCCAGGUGGCACCCGUGCCCCAGCCACUGUGUGUGACUUUGAGAACCCCACUGUGUGUGGCUUUUCACAGGUCACUACUGGUGACCAGUUUGACUGGACAAGGGCCAAAGGAAAAACCAGCUCUGGAGGAACUGGACCAAACACUGACCACACUUAUAACACUGACCAAGGCUAUUAUAUGUAUGUGGAGGCUUCCAGUCCAAGGAAAAAUGGUGACAAAGCACAACUAGUAUCACCUGUGUAUUCCACCACAACACAGUACCAGUGCCUACAGUUCUGGUACCACAUGUUCGGCAGGAACAUUGGAACACUCAAUGUCUACCUUAAGGUGGGAGCUGUCACAGCAAAGAUAUGGUCAGAGACAGGUGACCAAGGAAACAAGUGGUAUAUAGCAUCUGCCAGCAUCCCUCCUCAAAACAGGCUCUUUCAGGUAGUGUUUGAAGGAGUAAGAGGGACUGGUUACCAAGGGGAUAUUGCCAUUGACGACUAUGCUAUAAAAUCUGGAGCAUGCCCAGUGCCAGGUAAUUGCGACUUUGAAGUAGACACAUGCACAUGGACCAAUGUUGGCUCUGGAGAUAAGUUUGACUGGACACUAUCUAGUGGUUCAACGUCCAGUGGAGGAACUGGACCUAGUGUUGACCACACUGUGGGAAGUGCAGCUGGCAAGUAUGUUUACAUCGAGUCCUCCAGACCCAGGGUACAGGGAGACAAUGCCAUGCUGCAGAGUGAGGUGCUCAAUGGGAGUUCCCAGUGCCUUCACUUCUGGUACCACAUGUAUGGAGUCAACAUAGGCCUCCUCAGGGUGUGGAUCAAAUACCCCACAGGAACUCCUAAACCUCUGUGGGAGAAGACUGGGAACAUUGGCCAAGCUUGGCAGGAAGGGAGGGUCUCUAUACAGAAUCCUGGAGGGCCUUACCAGGUUAUAUUUGAAGGUGUCUGUGGUAAUGGUUACCAGGGAGACAUAGCCAUAGAUGACAUAUCUUUUGACAAAGUCAGCCCUUGCAACUUGCUCCCAAGUGAUGCCACACCCACAGUGACCCAGGCACCUACUACUGCCAGCACAACCCCUACAACCACAACCACAACAACCCCUACAACCAUAACCACAACCCUGUCGGGCUCAGCGACCACACCCACAACAACACUGGCAGCUCAAACAGGAAUUGAUUGUAACUUUGAUGUAAGUCUGUGUGGAUGGAGCCAAGAUACAAACGAUCAAUUUGAUUGGACAAGGCAAAAAGGAUCCACCUCCAGUCAGAAUACUGGGCCAUCACAGGACCACACCAGUAGAGCUGGCUUCUAUGUAUACAUUGAGACCAGUGGCAGAAAGAAUGGAGACAAGGCCCGUCUAACCAGCCCUGGCCUGCAGGUGCUGGGGAACCAGUACAAGUGCCUGUCAUUCUGGUACCACAUGUAUGGUGCCCAUGUCAAUUCCCUGAAUGUGUACUUCAAAAGUGGGACAACUCUGGGCAAGGCGAUUUGGACCAAGAAAGGCACCCAAGGGAACAAGUGGAUACAGGCUCAGGUGGACAUUUCUGGAACAGCAUCAGGGAGAAACCUACAGGUGGUAUUUGAGGGUGUGAGAGGGACUGGUUACCAAGGAGACAUAUCUAUUGAUGAUGUUACAGUGGUGGAUGGAACUUGUGCAGCUGUCACACCCACUACCCCUCCACCAGGUGUCACUAUAGGCACUGUGACACCACCUUCACUGGUGUCAUGCAACUUCCAGACUGGGUUGUGUGGUUACACUCAAGAUACCAGUGACCAAUUUGACUGGACCAGGUCUAAUGGAGCCACCUCCUCACAGGGAACUGGACCCUCGGUGGAUCAUACAUAUGGAACACCUAAUGGUUACUAUGUCUUCAUAGAAACAUCUAGUCCGCGUGUUCCAAAUGACAAAGCUCGACUGAUCUCUCCCAUGAUCAGAGGUGCUGGCCGUCAGUGCUUAAAGUUCUGGUACCACAUGUUUGGAGGUGAUGUAGGCACAUUCAAUGUGUACAUGAAGAGUGGCACCAACCUGGGACAACCAGUGUGGAGCAGCAGCUAUGACCAGGGAGAUGUAUGGAAGGUGGCACAGGUCCAGCUUAACCAAAGGUCAUCUUACCAGAUUGUGUUUGAAGGCAUCCGAGACAAAGGCUACAGAGGUGACAUAGCUUUGGAUGAUAUUAUUACGACACCUGGAAACUGCCCACCAGAAGGUUCUUGCAAUUUUGACAAUGGCAUGUGCACCUACAGCAAUGUUCAGGAUGGUAGCGACGACUUUGACUGGGUGAUCAAGAAAAAUAACAGACCAGCGGGAAACCCAAGGACUGACCAUACCACCUCUGCUGCUGCUGGUGGCAUGAUGUACAUCAGUGCUCGCAAACCACGAAACAAUGGCGACCGCGCCAGGGUGAUGAGUCAGCUCUUCAGCCCCACAGGCAGUUCUCCAAAAUGCUUCAAGUUCUGGUGGUACCUCUAUAACACCAACGCUGGAACCCUGCGUGCCAUUGUCAAGUCCAACGGCACCAGUACAACUGUCUGGGAAAUGACAGCCAGCGGAAACAAUAGGUGGAGAUAUGGCGCCUUCCCAGUUCAGUCUCAGAGUUCUUAUGUGAUCAUCCUGGAAGGUGUUGUGGGCAGUGGUUCUGGAGACAUUGCUCUAGAUGACACCAGUCUGUCUACCCAAGGUUGUGGUAUCUCACCAGCUGGUGCCAGACCCUCCAGCUUCACCACCACACCCACACCAGCCACCACCACCGUCACUGUGCCGCCAUCUACAGCACCAAACUCAUUCAACUGUUCCUUUGAGUAUGGUCUGUGUGGAUGGAAACAGUUGCAGAAUGAUCAGUUCGACUGGACAAGAGUCAAAGGAUCCACAUCGUCCACUCUGACUGGACCAGCUAAUGACCACACCACUGGAAGCAAGUAUGUUUACAUCGAGUCCUCCAGACCCAGGGUACAGGGAGACAAUGCCAUGCUGCAGAGUGAGGUGCUCAAUGGGAGUUCCCAGUGCCUUCACUUCUGGUACCACAUGUAUGGAGUCAACAUAGGCCUCCUCAGGGUGUGGAUCAAAUACCCCACAGGAACUCCUAAACCUCUGUGGGAGAAGACUGGGAACAUUGGCCAAGCUUGGCAGGAAGGGAGGGUCUCUAUACAGAAUCCAGGAGGGCCUUACCAGGUUAUAUUUGAAGGUGUCUGUGGUAAUGGUUACCAGGGAGACAUAGCCAUAGAUGACAUAUCUUUUGACAAAGUCAGCCCUUGCAACUUGCUCCCAAGUGAUGCCACACCCACAGUGACCCAGGCACCUACUACUGCCAGCACAACCCCUACAACCACAACCACAACAACCCCUACAACCAUAACCACAACCCUGUCAGGCUCAGCGACCACACCCACAACAACACUGGCAGCUCAAACAGGGUUGAAAAAGCAUGCUACCAACUGCUUUGACCCUUGUGACUACUGUGUAAACCACCAAACUACAAAAAUAGUAUCAUUUGGACCAAAGUAG